GACGACCUCUUGAAGAAACCCGCGCACUCGUGCGAGCUCUUCCUCGGCGGCAUCCCGAAGAGCGCGAGCGAGGCGGACGUCCGCGCGUUCUGCGACGACGGCGCGGAGGGCGUCGCGUCGCCGUCGAGCGUGCAGCUGGUGAUCGACACCGCGACCGGGCAGAACCGCGGGUACGCGUUCGUCGCGUAUCCGUCGCGCGAGGACGCGGCCGCGGCGGCGGAGAAGCUCAACGAAAAGGCGAUCGAGGACAAGAAGAUCCGCGUCAGCGUGAAGCAGACGAAGCACCGGGUGUUCAUAGGGAACGUGGACCGGAUGAAGACGCGCGCGGAGGUGAUUCAAGGAUUGAGAGACGCCGGCUGCGGCGGCGUCGAAAAGUUGGAGAUGCCGAAGAACAGGAACCCGGCGUAUCCGAGCCAGACGAAAGGGUUCGGCUUCGCGGACUUCUACAACGCGUCGUGCGCGGAGCGAGCGAUGAAAAUUUUGAGCGAGUCGCGUCUCUUCUUAGGCAGGCCGGUCACCGCUCGGUGGGCCGAUCCGAAACUCCCCGACCCCUCGACGACGGUGAAGUCCGUCUACGUCGGGAACCUCCCGCCGUCGCUCGUCGCGGACGAGGGCGGCGAGGAGAAGCUCAAAGCGCUGUUUGGAAAGUACGGCGACGUCGAGACGGUCUUCGUGUACAAGCCGCGGCCGGGGGACGCGAGCGCGAGCGCGAAGAGGAAUUUCGCGUUCGUGCACUACGCGAGCAGAGAAUCGGCGCUCGCCGCGGCGGAGGCGGGGAAACGGUCGGACGACGCGGACGCGACGCCGUCCGCGCCGAUCGAGAUCGACGGUUGCGCGCUCGACGUCACCAUGGCGAAGCCGAUGAAGGACCAG